AUGGAAGGACAGACAGCUCAGCCCGCUGCUACCAGUAGUGACGGGCAGCAAAACCAGACGCUGCAGCACCCGGACUCGCCUGCCACCACAGACACAGACUUCAUUCGCGAUGCCAUCGAUGGGACGUCUGCCGCCCCUCUAACAUCGCCCUUUAGAUCCAAUGCCGCCCCAGGGACGGGCCCUCGAGCUUCCACACCAGAGCUCGCAGAUAGCCUAAUUAGUGGAACGGGGUCCUUGAACCUUGAUGCCACACCUGUCCCUCGAAAUUCCACCGCCGCCCCCGGCUCACCGCGAGAUAUCCCCGGCGGCACCGGGAGACGCAGAGGCAUUGUCUUCAAUGAUUCCUUUACUGAUCCAUCCGAAUUGCAAUCAUCCUCUCCAGUCGCCGCGAGGAGCUCUCCUGCCCAAGCUCGCCCUCGCACCCGCACCCUGGACGGCGCCCUCAUGGCCCAGCGAGCCAGCCUCAACUCUUCAGACCAAAGAAACCGCGUCGGCAGCAUUAGUUCGUCCAUGCCUGCUGCUCAAAUAUUCCCGGACGAGCAAAAAGAGUCUUCCGUCCUCGCCUCUGCAUCUGAAUCUCGCUCGUACGCUACUCCAGCUCUACCCCAACGCUCUAUAGACACGCCCUCCACCCCGUCUUCCAGCAGGGAUAAAAAGGCCAGGCAGCGUCUGCUUAAACACCGUCAAAGCUCUCGUCCUAGCUCGCCCGUCAUGUUUUCGGCCCCUUCUGUCGACUCCAUGUGCGUGCCCGUCGCCGCAGAGGACCCAAACAACCUAGUUUCGCUGAUGAAGACGUUGUGUGGUCGCAUGCGCGGAGAAGUUGAGUACCAGUCCGAGCCAGGUGGCGCAUGGUAUUCUGGUGUUGCCUACAUCGAUGAGGAGGCGGGUAGUCUCAUGUUCGACACUAAUCAAGGCGGCUCUUUUCAUAUACCCAUUGUCGAGGACUUGCGAGGCUGUACCGUUGUCCCCGCUGAAUAUACCCAGGGCGAGAGACAGUGUAUCGAGUUAACCACAUCUACCCCCACGCACAUGCUUCUUCUUCCCGCUGUCCACGAAGAUCUAGAGCUAUGGCUUGCUGCUCUGCUCAGCUGGCAGCAACUGCGGCCCAGCCCCAUCAAAUUUGCGAAUGGCAAGCCUGGGAGUCCCACGGCGCCUUUUCGACCCGAUUUGCGCCCUUUCGGCAAGUUACCCGACGAGAGCAAGCCAAGAAACAUUAUCAAAAUCGACAAGUUGAUGCUUUGGGACAAGGGCGUUGCGCCAAACCCAAGAGCCGCCUUUCAACGCUCCUCAACAAGAGACGUCUGGUCGCCUUCAGCAGCCUGGCGCCGGGUAUCGUGCAUCUUGCAUGAUACCGGCGAGCUGACCCUCAUGCUCGAAACGGAUUCCAUUGUCUUAUCUCACAUCGAUUUGACGCAGCUCUCAAGGCAUGCUAUACAGCAGCUCGACCGAACCGUGCUUGACGAGGAAUUUUGUAUCGCAAUAUUCCCCACAUACGCCCCAAAGGCUUCGCGCGUCUCAGUCUUCCGUCCUGUAUACUUGGCUCUGGAUAGUCGAAUACAUUUCGAGGUUUGGUUUGUCCUGCUACGUGCCUAUGCCAUCCCGGACUUGUUCCAUCUCGGCGACACGGAAGACGAUGAACUUAUCAAUAUUCCGGAUACGGAAUACGAGACUGAGGGUGAGGUAUUCCGUAUGGGAAAGGUAGUUUCGGUUCGAAUAACGGAAGCAAAAAUCAAAGCUCGACCGACUGGACUGGAAUACAUUUUGCCCGAGAAGUCGCACAAGAUAGAGCAGGACCCAUUGAUCGGCAAUUACUUGGCGGAAGUCAUCCUCGAUGGCGAAGUACGAGCACGCACAACCACGAAAUCCAUGACCAAAAACCCGUUCUGGCGCGAAGACUGCGAAUUCACAGAUCUGGCACCCUCGGUUCAGGAAUUAUCCGUUGUUCUGAAGCGUAUCGAAGGCAUGGAUGGCAGCAGAGGCGGUUUCCCUCAAGAGCUGAUAUGUGGGACUGUCCACAUUGCUCUUGAUCAACUUGAGCGCGGCCAAUCACACGAAGACUGGCUACAGAUCAGAGACGAGAAGCAGCAAGUCAUUGGCUCCAUGUUAAUCAGGCUCUCUCACGACGAGCACGUGGCUUUGCUGACCAAAGAAUAUGACGCGUUGUCCGAAACAUUGCAUCGCUUCCCGACCGGCCUCACUGCUCUCAUUUCUGCUGCGCUUCCUGGACAGCUCAAGCAAUUGUCCGAAAUAUUUCUCAACAUCUUCCAGGCUUCAGGCGCUGCGUCUGAAUGGCUGCUAGCGCUCGUCGAAGACGAAAUCGACGGCCCAGGUAGCCAGACAUCGAUGAAAAAGUACAGAUUCAGCAGCAGGCUCAAGUCGAACGAAUCAAUGGAAUCGCCCAGUGACCGUGAGCUGAUUGUUCGCGACAUGAGCAAGUCGCUAGCCGGCGAGGCGAACCUUUUGUUCCGUGGCAACACUCUUCUAACACAAUCGCUCGAGUUUCACAUGCGACGCUUGGGCAAAGAAUAUUUGGAAGAGGCUCUGCGAGAAAAGGUCUUCGAGAUUAACGAACUAAAUCCAGACUGUGAAGUCGACCCCAGCAAGCUCAACGGAGCUGAUCUUGACCAACAUUGGUCUCAGCUCAUUCGCAUCACGUCUGGCAUUUGGCAGUGCAUCGCCCAAACGGCGAACCGCAUCCCGCCUGAACUUCGACAUGUUCUCAAAUACAUUCGCGGAGUCGCUGAAGACCGCUUCGGAGAGUUUAAACGUUCCGCUACUUACACGGCGGUAUCUGGUUUCUUGUUUCUACGCUUCAUCUGCCCCGCGAUUCUGGCGCCGAAGCUGUGUGGUCUACUACGAGACUUUCCUCGCGCCAGAGCACAGCGUACCCUUACACUGGUAGCAAAGACGUUGCAAAAGUUGUCAAACCUGGGAACCUUUGGCAAGCGCGAAGAGUACAUGGAGCCGAUGAACCGGUUUCUCACAUCGCAUCGAUCGGUAUUUCGCGAGUACAUCGACCAAGUCUGCAGUAUCCCAUCGGACCGCAGCGUCGUUGCUCCUCCUGCCAACUACAGCACGCCAAACACGAUUUCCGGACGGCUUACCCCUACAUCGAGAGAAGGCCUUGGUAGCCUCCCGUAUCUUAUUGACGCACCUCAGAGUUUUGCUAGCUUGGUCAAGUUGUGGACAAGCGCUCGGCCAAACGAUCUCAAGACAGAACAAGCCGACGGUGAACUGCUCAUUUUCAACGAGCUGUGCAUGAGCCUGCAAAAGCGAGUCGACGCCUGCAUGGCCAAGGUUGGCCGCUUGCGCGCUGCCGAAGCCGCCGCACGUGGAACACCCUCGCGCCUCGCCGAAACGCUUGAGCAAGCUGCCCUCGCCGAGCCGCUCCGCUCGCCCUACAGCGCCGCGUACACCGCCAUGUGCCACGAUGUCGACCAGAUGCUCAGUGGCUCUGGCAGCGACGACGGAGGUAGCAGCCGUCGCCGUAGCAAGGACCUACGCCGCGGGCGCGACGGGCACGACGCGCGCAAAGCCAGCGGCUUCUCCUCGCGCGGCACGCCCAAGAACCGGAAUGGCAAAGUCGGCCGCACGUUGCUGAGCGGUAUCAUGAAGAUCGGCGGCCGCGCCGAGAGCCCCGAUUUUAAAAAUCGACAAUGA